AUGUCUUACUUUGUUCAAGAGCCUUACCAGACAGAAGUAGUGGAGGAGAUCCCGGAAGUUACCGAGGAAACGACAGUCAUUGACGAAGAUCGUCCAACCGACUUGGUCCAGGAAGAGACCACCGUAACUGACGACUAUGUUCAACCGAAAGAGGCUCAGGUGGUAGAAGAGGUCCGGGAAGUGCCAGAAACAACUGACAAGGCUGUGGUGAUUGAUGACGUUUAUGAACAAGAACCAGAGGUUAUAGGAGACGUCCAACCGGUCGCUGGUAGUGAUGAUGAUGUCGUUGUUGAUGAUGAGACCACCAUUAUCCAGUAA